AACCCGACCAGAUUAAUAAGGGAGAAAAGAGGGGCGUUCGAACCUCCUCCUCGCCCAUAUCUCCGCUCUCCACGAGUCCAGCAGACCAGCAUAGGACGGCGCUUCGCCCUCCAUCUUGGGCGAGAAAGGGAGGUGUUCGAACGGCGAACAGCGGCAAUCGGCAGCGGCGGCAGUCGAACAGCGCCCAGAGGCUGACGGCGUGGAUUCAAUAGGCCUCAAGGCCAGCCCUAACACGCCCCUCCUCCAAGCCGGCCCCAACUUUCGCCAUCACUCGCUGUGGCUUCUGGCUCCGAGGUGGGACACGAUGCUAGAACGACUGCAAUUCUGAGGUCUUCGUCGGCAACGUGAAGGCGAGAUGAUGGAAGAGAGAUAGCAAAUUCUGGAUCCAUGGCCCCUGUGGGUUUGCUUGCAAAUUUUAGGUCAAAAACUAUGCCAGUGAUAUAUAGGAUGAUAUGAACUGGAAGAGGAUAUAUCUGAUUUUAGGAUUGAUUGUACUUGGAGCUUGGCUGCCUCGAGUAAAGAUUUCUUAGAGUGAGGAUGUUCGUAUGAUGUUAUCAUGAUGAGAGGCUUCUUUGGGCUUUACCAGUUCGGCCAUAGAUUUUCAUGUGUAGCCUUUGCUGCUGAAGUUGUUGGGAAUGUCAGUUAUGCUGGAGGAUUCUUCAGUAAGUAUGACGUGCUUCACACAUCAGCUUUAUGCUUCAGGAUGCACUAUAAUCCAAGUCUUCAGCAUCUUUGUACUAAAACGCAAUAUGAAGGCCUGUGGGAAGGAUCCUCUAGUGCAACCCUAUUGAGGAAGCUUGAAAUUGCCUUGAAGGGUGAUAAUGUAAAUGAAGCAUGGGAAGCAUUUGGCAACUUUAGAUGCCUGUAUGGUUUUCCUGAGCAGCACUUGGUGAGCAAAAUGAUUAAUUUACUGUCUUACUCAUCUAGCUGCCAUUGGCUUCAUAAAGCAUAUGAUUUGGUGCUCGUGGUUCAAAAUGAGAAGCCCAAUCUUCUUCAUUAUGACCCUUUAACCAGACUAGCUCUUACCUUACUAAGAACUCAAAUGCCAAUUCCUGCUUCCACAGUUCUAAGGAUCGUGUUGGGGAAUGGCAAGCUUCCACCGAUAGAUAUAUGGAGCACCUUGUUUUUUCACCUAGUGAAGACACAAACUGGGUCCUAUCUUGCGAGCAAUAUCUUGGUCGAUAUUUGUGAGUUUGUUUUGCAUCAUACUUCAAAUGCAAAAAGGUUUAAGAACAUGAAUGCAAAUGUAGCAAAGCCUAAUAUAACAAUUUUCAAUCUUGUCCUGAAUUCAUGUGCAAAAUUUGGAUCUCCCUUAAAGGCUCAACAAAUAGUAGAACUGAUACCACAGGUAGGUGUUGUAGCUGAUGCAAAUACCAUUAUUAUCAUAGCCCGGAUUUAUGAGAUGAUUGGACAGCAUGAUGAGUUGAAGAAACUGAAAAAACACAUUGAUGGAGUCUCUUCUGUGCUAUUAAACCGCCACUAUCGGCAGUUUUAUGAUUGUCUCUUGAGCUUGCACUUUAAAUAUAAUGAUAUUGAUUCUGCUGCAGUGCUUAUAUUGGACCUGUAUCAACGUCCAAAAUCCCUUCAGUCCUUCAGUGGGUUAUAUGUGAAAAGUGAUGGACCACAAACAUAUUGUAUGGUCCAGAUUGGGUCAAACAAUCUAAGGAUGGGAUAUAAAAUUAUGGUUGAACCCAAUCAGAUACAAAAUGAUUUUGUUGUUGAUGCACAAAGUUACUCAAAGCUUGUUCUCUUUACUGAUGGGAAGCUUGUUCCCAGCAAGAGGGCUCUUGCAAAGCUUAUAAAUUGCUGUGAAGAAAGAAAGGUAGAUAAGCUGUCUAAUUUUUUGAUAAAUAUACAGAAGAAUGUAGAUUCAAAAGAAGCCAAUUUGUGCUUGGAUGUGAUGGAUGCUUGCAUUCAGCUGGGCUUAUUGGAUACUGCCCAUGACAUUCUUGAUGACAUGGAAAGUGCUGGAAUUCCUAUAGGGUCCAAGACGUACAUGUCACUUUUAAGAACAUAUUGCAGAGAAAAUAUGCUGGAAGAAUCCAAAGUGUUACUCAAGCAGAUGAGAAAAGUGGGUCUGUUGGUAAAUAUAUCUGAUGAGCAAGCUUUAUUUCAAUGCAUGUCAGAAGAGAGUGCUGCCAAUCCUUGUGAUAAAAUAACUGCUACGUCAGUUGGGAAAUCAGCUUUGGUUGAGUAUUUAGACAGGGAACUCGGGGAGGAAAACUCGAAAUAUCAUUUGACUUAUGAAUUUAACAGUUCAAUUCAAUUCUUUUGCCAGGCCAAAAUGAUGGAAGAUGCGCUGAAGACAUUCAAAAGGAUGAAGCAAAGAAACAUCGAACCCACAGUGCAGACGUUUAGCCAUCUCAUAUAUGGUUAUUCUUUGUUAAAGAUGUAUCGUGAAAUUACGAUAUUGUGGGGAGAUAUUAGGAGGCGGCUGGAGGAUGGAGUUUUAACUGUGGACAGAGACUUAUUUGAGCUUUUGCUCUGGAAUCUUCUUAAAGGGGGAUAUUUUGAGAGAGUAUUGGAGAUAAUUAAUUAUAUGAUAAAGCAGAAUAUGUAUAUAGAUAAGUGGAAGUAUAAAAGGGAGUUUCUGAAGCUCUACAAAAAUCUGUACAGGAGUUUAAAAGCAUCAAAUACCAGAACAGAUGCUCAGAGUAAGAGGCUUGAGCAUGUCCGAGCUUUUAGGCGAUGGGUUGGCAUUGUCUAAAAAUAUAAUGCCUAUAUUAUUCUUUAUGGUCAUGUGCUGAGUUUUCUCAAGGACCAUUUUGCAAUGGAUCACGAGUUCGUGAAACCUUUCUGGCUUUCUUAUGAUUACUUGAAUCAGCCUUUUUUUAAUUAUCCCAAAGAUUAGCAGAGGUACACUGUAUAUCACCUGACAUGGUACCAACAAAAUUUCCUACUAUGAUAAGGAGGUAACUCAAGGAAGAAAAUUUCCUCCACUAUGUUUAGGUCCAGGAACGUUUGAGUGGAAGGACUCCUGUGUUCUCCAAGGAUAAAUUAUCGGCUGCAUUUCAGCACCUGUAAGGUUUUGUUAUAAUAUCAUCGCAGUUCUUACAAUAUUCUCUUUUCAACCAGAUAUAUUGUUAGAUCUUUGCACAAUGAAAAUAUUGCAUGCUACGUCACCGUUAGAGGUGACAAGGCAAAGCCUCUUUCAGAGAGUGACUUGAAAGUGAAGGAAUAUGAGUUGCUUAGGAGGAGCUCAAGUCGUUCUGGAUGUUUCAGUUUAGGCAUCCAGGACAAUAUCGACCUUGGAUCAUGCCUGUCACUCUCCAUUCAUUAACAUUUACCUCUAAUGAAUUAAGUUAAUUAUGUCAUUGAAA